AUGACUUCUUCUGAGCUAGACAGCCGGAACAUCGCCAUAUCGAUGAGAAAGUCUGUGGAGAACCUGGUGAUAUCAUCACAAGAUGCCAUCGGGCAGAGCAUCAGCCAGGCGCUCACAUUCUCGGGUGUGAUCACACAGCAUGCCAACAACAUUAUACCAGAAAAUAGGAGCGUGUCCCGGUCGCCCUCCCCCUCCCCUUCAACCCGGGACUCCCGGAACACAGACAGUGCCAGCGAAGCCCUCGACAAUGACAAGACGAGCGAGAGUUCGGUGCACAUGCCGUCGCACGCGGGCGGCGACUCCGCCUCCAUCUCCAGCGGCGAGCUCGCCGUCACCGUCGUCAGCGCCACGCCCACACAGAACAAGGACAACCCCAGGCUGUCGAACGCUGCGAAGGCCGGGGACGGCAGCCGCACAAAGAAGAAGAGCUGGUACAACGCCCUCUAUCCCACAUACAAGAGCAAGUCCGAUGACUUCAAGCGGCUGUUCAAGGACCUACCUGAUGAUGAGCGGCUUAUAGUCGACUAUUCAUGCGCACUGCAGAAGGACAUCCUAGCGCACGGUCGUCUGUACGCGUCGCAGAACUACCUGUGCUUCUACGCCAGCAUCUUUGGCUGGGAGACCACCAUGACCACGCGGUGGAAGGACGUCACCGCCAUCACUAAGGAGAAGACUGCGCUCGUAAUUCCCAACGCGAUCCUAGUAUGCACGGAGGGAGAGAAGAACUUCCUAACAUCGUUCUCGGGGCGAGACAAGGCGUACCUCAUGCUGUUCCGGAUCUGGCAGAACGCGCUCAUGGACCAACCCAUGAGCAGCCAGGAGUUCUGGCAGUGGGUACACAGCAGUUACGGUGAAGAGUUGGGGUUCAAUUCCGACGAAGAAGGAUACGGGCGAGACGCUAUAGACGACGUGCCUCCGUUACCAAACGACACUGAUCAGGACCUCACGGACGCCGCCAACAUGGACGCCGACGACCCGCGCGACCAGCGCGACGCGCGCGACAACCGCACGCGCCAGGGCACGCGCGCGCACGACUCGUCGCCGCCGCUUGUGACGAAUGGCGAUGCGGAGUACCGCGAGGAUGAGGCGGGCGACACUCUGCCCACCGACAUGUCCGACACAUCCGACAGCGAGCCCGACAAACCGCACAAUGGCGGCGAGGUGGAGAAGUGUACAGCGGCCCACGAUGGCAAGCUGAUCCUGCGGCAAGAGUUCCAGUUCAACAUCGACAACCUUUUCACCAUGAUCUUCACCAACUCCAAGUUUAACCUCGAGUUCCUCGCUGUCAGGGGCACCACUGACUAUGUACAGGCUCCGUGGCAGGUGCAGGGAGGGUUGAAGUGUCGACAGAUUAGUUACACGCUCGGCCUCACGUCGGGACCUAUAGGACCUAAGGAAGUGCAAGUCACCGAGACACAGGUAAUGAACAAGUGCUCAAAGCCGGGCAUGCUGUACUCGAUCGACUCGACGAGUGAGAACGCCGGCAUCCCAUACGCGGACUACUUCAGCGUACAGGUGCACUACUGCCUGCAGCGGGUAUCUGAUACCCUCACCGAGCUGUCCAUCUACGGACACGUCAAGUACAAGAAGAGCAUGUGGCCUAUGAUUAAAACAUUCCUAGAGAAAAACACAAUAUCGGGGUUGGAGGACUUUGCGAGAAUCUUGGAGUCCCGACUGACCAGCGAGGCAGACUGCGCAGUCCCCGCCGCCAGGAAGGCGCGCAGACAUCGGCGGGCGCCCGCUGUGGCGGGACCGGAGGCUGCGCCGGCGCCGGGCAAGUUGGCGGGCGGCGGCCUGGCGGCGGCGCGGGUGUCCAUCUCGCGCGCCGCCAGGCCUCCGCCCUCGCGGCCGGGCGCCGCCACGUGGCUGGCCGCGUUACUGGCGCUGCUACUACUCAUCAACGCCGCGCUGUACUACAAGCUCUACUAUACGGACAGAAGCGGAUACGCCUUCGAUAUCGAUGAUUUACAAAGCAGACUGAGUAGUGGGCAGGGCCCGGCGAUGGCGGAGUGGUCGGCCCAGCUGCAGGCGCACGCGCGGCGCCAGCGCGGACAGCUCCUCGCCUGGAGGCACGCGCUCGACCGGACCGUGCAGCAUCUCGCACAGACGGAGCAAGCGCUGACGAAGCUAUUAGAGACGAUAAAGCCGUCGCUGGAAAAAGCGCAAAAAGAGGCGGAGUCGAGGGAGGAGCUCUGA